GUGUUUCUUUUUAAAUUCUUAUCCGACAUAACAGAAACUGAAGACAGCUAAAGAAUUCUCACUUCAAUGGCUGUAGAUGAGUGAUCCUAUCGCUUGCUUGCAUUUUCAACUAUUCCAACAAGGCUACUUAACUUAAACCUUCAGAAAUUCAAUUUGACCACAACAGAGCAACAGACAAGCAGAUAAACGAUAUUCAUGAUUGUGUAAUUUUCAUUCAGAAAACCUAUCUUUCUAAGAUAGCAAGAAAUAUAAGCAUGAUCCAACAUAUGAACUUUGAAAUUAAUGUGCAAGAAUUGGCAUCAUAUCUGCAAGAAAAACGUCUUUCCAAUUCACCACUGUCAACUCAAUCUUGCAUAUAUAGAGUUCCUAGCGUACUUUCAAGCCAUAAGGAGCAUCUUUUUGAGCCCAACUUGGUUUCAAUUGGUCCUUACCAUCGAUGUAAUUUAAAGUUACAGCCUUUUGAAAAAAUAAAGUUGUGGUACUUGGACCGUCUUAUUGCUCGAGCACCCACUUUGCAGACUAAUUUGGAAUGCUUCAUCCAAUCCAUCGGGACUAACGCAGAAAAUUGCUACAAACACUAUUCUCAAGAACUUUAUAUGAGCGUGGAUGAAUUUAUAGAAAUGUUGAUUAUUGAUGGUUGCUUCAUAAUAGAGUUCUUUCGACGAAAGGAAGGGAUUGUGACACCAAGGGCAGAUGAUCCCUUUUUUAGAAUGCCAUGGACGAUAAAAGCUGUAACUCGUGAUUUGUUUUUACUUGAGAAUCAAAUUCCAUUUUUAGUGCUUGAAAGCUUAUACAAUCUCACCAAUACUACUACCAUGCCUUUUUCUCAGAUUGCAUACGAUUCUUUACAUGAGAAUGCACUCAGAAAUUACAGAAAUCCUCGAGUAAUUGUUGAUUCAACACUUCAAAACAAGCAUUUACUUGACUUGCACCGAAACAUCUUGCUUUCUGGGUUAGAACAUACCACGGAAGGUAGUUAUGAGCCAAUUCCUUCUGUGACUGAGCUUUUACAGGCUGGAAUUAAAAUUGAAGAAGGGGAGAAAAAUAAGUUGAUGAAGAUAGAAUUCAAGAAUGGAGUUCUGAGAAUUCCACAAAUAGUAAUUCUUGAUUAUGCAGAAUUGUUUUUUCGCAAUCUUAUUGCAUAUGAGCAAUGUGAUAGAAAUUUAAGAGACAAGGUCACAUCUUACUUUUAUUUAUUAGACAAUCUUAUAAAUUCAAGCAAAGAUGUUGAUUAUCUGCGUGAAAGAGGAAUUAUAGUUUGUUACUUGAGCAGUGAAGAUGUGUAUGGUUUUUUCCAGGGGCUUUACAAAAAUACUCAUGCGCAGAUUUCUCUCUAUAGUGAUCUUGGACGAGAGGUUACAGAUUAUUGUCAAUCUCAUUGGCCUCGAUGGCGAGCAACUCUCGCGCGAGAUUACUUCAGCAAUCCUUGGUCUGUUAUUUCUGUUAUAGCUGCUUUUAUAGCUUUGGUUCUUACUUUCUUGCAGACGCUUUAUUCUAUUCGCUAUCACUGAAGGCAACUCUUUAUCCUGUGCUGCUUUCCUUUUCUUUUUUCUUGAUUUUAUGGUCUGUAUUACAAGUUUGUGGUUAAAGUGCUGUAUGUACUAAAGUGUUAAUGAAAUAAUUGUUUGUUCAAAUA